AGGCUGAAGAAGACAAACAAAGAAGCCGGUAGUGUACGAUACGCAUCUGUCAUCUCCAGUUUCGGACAGAGGUUGCAUAUCAGUUACAGUCGCUCAGCUUUUGAGCCGUACCGGACAAUACAUGAACACCACAACCGCCAAGCUAUCAGCAAUGAUUUCAUUCUACUCAUCCAGCAUCAAGACCACUUCACGCCAUCCAUCUCUUCACUUUCCGUCUUCUUCAUCUUCAUCGUCUUCUUCUUCAUCAACUCGGAGUUUCAUUCCCAUCAGGCGAUCAUUGUCGUCUACUCCCACUUCACUCUCCACUCAAACGCGAAAUCUCACUAUCGUCUCUGCCUCCAAAUCACUCGAUCCUAAUAUGUCUCUCGCUUUUCAGGGCGGUGAAUCGUUUUUCAGAAGUGUGCUUGGAAAUAUGGAACGGGUUUAUUUAGAGAGGAACCCAACUGCAAAAGCUGUCUUGGACCGUGUUCAAUCGGCUGAUGACAAUCAAAUUUGCUACGACCAUAUGGCUUUCAGGACAUUCGGGGUGAAUGGUUAUGGGAUUGAUUCCAUUGCAAGUUUUUUCCUGGAUUAUGGGUAUACACAACGAGAGGAGCUGAGAUUUCCUGCUAAAAAACUGAAAGCAUUGUGGUUUUCACCUCCUAGUGUUCCGCAUCCUGAUGGCGGCAGUGGUGUUAGUGGGCCUUUGCCUAGGGUAUUCAUAUCAGAGCUUCUUGUAGAUCAGAUGAGUCCUCAGACUCAGGAAAUAAUUAAAAAAUACACUGAAGCAUCUGGUAGUGGAAAUAAACACGCUGCUCUUGCUAGUGCACUGGGAUCUUUGACAUGGGGAAAGCCCUUAUAUUCUGAAUUUGAACAAUUGGCAAGGGAAAGUGAAUAUGCUGCCUGGACCCUUGUUAAUGGCUAUGCAGUAAAUCAUGUCACUAUUUCCAUUCAUAGGCUGAAAUCCCAGUUGAAAAACAUCAAAAGUCUCAAUGAGUUUAUUGAAGAGAACGGAUUCAGGUUGAACUCUGAAGGGGGAGUUCUGAAAGUGAGUCCUGAUGGCCUUUUGCUGCAAAGUUCAACGGUAGCAGAUUCAAUCUCUUUCAAAUUUUCUGAUGGCGUCACAGAGUCAGUCCCCUGUUCAUACAUUGAGUUUGCUGAACGCCUUGUGCUGCCAGAGUAUAAAAAUCUGCCUGAUAGAGAGGUUCAGGAGUUUCACAGGCGAGAUGGGUUCGAGGUUGGAAAUGCUGACAAGAUCUUUGAGAGCACAUCCAAAGAGCAGCUUACCAGGAGAGCUGCUUGAGAUGGAAACUGGAAAUGAAAAUACUAAACCAAUUGUCAUGCUUAGAUUAAUCAAAUUCGACAUGAACACCUAGUUAAGGUUCCUCAAAGUAAAGUUCACUGGAACGCAGAUCUACAUAUAUUGUAGUUGGAAGUCUUGAAGCAUGUAAAUGAACUCACUAGCUUCUUAUAAUAAACGGAGACUUGUUUAUGUAAA